AUGCAACAUUUUCCUCCAAAUUUCAGAGGGGCGCUAUGGGAGUCCAACCAUCCGUGUGCACCCAUAAUUAAAAGCAGACCAACUUUACCGUCACUGCCCUUUUAUAACCUUCUGUUAUGGGUUUUCCUGGGAGUGUUGACGUUCCCCUGCUGUGUGCGCUGUUUGAUAUUCAAAGUGGGGGUCCUGGGCCCCUGGAACUGCGACCCUGUUUAUUUCAGGGCCCUGCCUGCCACCGCGGCCAGGCUGGCUGUGAGCAGGAUAAACGGAGACCUCAGUCUGGACCUCGGUCUGAAAAUGGAUUUCAUCAUCCUUCAGGAGCCCUGCGAAACCUCCAAAGCGCUCACGGCAUAUAUUUACUACGAGAACUUGGCGGAUGCGUUUGUUGGCCCCACUAACCCGGGAUACUGUAUCGCAGCUUCUCUGCUGGCCAAGACCUGGGACAAGGCCCUCUUCUCCUACGGCUGUGUUACAUACGAGCUGGACCGUGUCGCAGCUUAUCCGACCUUUUCCACGACGGUGCCGUUUCCCACUGAUGUGUUAUUUACCGUAUUGAAGCACUUCAGGUGGGCCAGCGUCGUGGUGGUCUCAUCCAAUGAAGAUAUCUGGAUGGAUACAGCAGGGAGAGUGGCUACUGCUCUCAGGAGUAAGGGGCUUCCAGUUGGACUCGUUACUUCUAUUGGGAUGAACGAGACUGAGGUGGAGAACACGCUGAGGAGGAUCCAGGACGCAGGAGACGUCAAGGUCAUCAUUAUGUGUAUGCACUCCCUCCUGGUUGGAGGUGAGCAGCAGGGUGCUUUUCUCCUCAAGGCACAGGCGAUGGGUCUGACUUCAGGGAAGUAUGUGUUUGUGCCCUACGACACCCUCCACUACAGCUUGCCCUACACCAACAUCUCCUACUUCACCCUGCAAAACGACAGCAGGCUGAAGGAGGCCUACGAUGCUGUGCUCACCAUCACUGUGGCCUCAGAGCCUCUGUCCUUCAAUGAGGCGUUCGUUGCAGCCAAGAGGAGGGAGGAAGUGACACUGCCACUGCAGGCAGAGCAGGUGAACCCCCUGUUUGGGACCAUUUAUAACAGCAUAUACCUGCUUGCCAAGUCCAUCCACAAUGCCAGGAGAGCAGGCAUGCAACUGUCAGGCUCAAACCUGGCCUACUUCACAAAAAACACAACCUUCACUGGCUUCAACCAAAAGGUGAAGGUGGACACUGGUGGAGAAGUUAAGACUAACUACGUCAUACUGGACUCUGACAACAGGGGGAGUCAGCUGUACCAGACCUACCUGGUGGAUCUAACAUCGGGAAAGCUUCGAUUCGCAGGGAGGUCCAUUAAUUUUCCAGGAGGAUCCCCUCCUCCGUCUGAUUCCAGCUGCUGGUUUGAUAAGACUGCCAUCUGCACAGGAGGUGUGGAGGUCACCUACAUCAUAGUUGUGUUAGCUGUCAUCCUCGCUUUGGCUGUAGGAGGGAUCGCUAUAAGUCUUUAUAUCAGGAGGAGACUCCAACAAAUCCAGCUGGUAAAAGGCCCAAAUCGAAUCCUCUUGAACUUAGAAGAUCUCACUUUUAUCAAUCCCCAGCUUAGUAAAAAGAAAAUCACUUUAGAGGACCUGAGUGAGUCCAAAAGUGCUCUGGAAGAGAAAUCUGCAGACCGCUCGCAUUCUGUGAAUAGCAUGCAGACGGCAACUCAUGAAACUACCAAUGUUGCUGUGUAUGAGGGCGACUGGGUAUGGCUGAAGAAAUUUGAGGAGGGACACUUUAAGGAGGUGAAGCAAAGCACUACCAAGAUUUUCACAAAGAUGAAGGACCUGAGAAAUGAGAACGUAAACCCUUUCCUGGGCUUCUUUUUGGACUGCUCCAUGUUCGCGGUGGUGACGGAGCACUGCUCACGGGGGAGUCUGGAGGACCUGCUGAGGAAUGAAGAUGUGAAAUUAGACUGGAUGUUCAAGUCCUCCCUUGUGCUUGAUCUCAUCAAGGGUAUGAAAUACCUUCACCACAGAGAUUUCCCACAUGGCAGGCUAAAAUCUCGAAACUGUGUGGUGGACGGGCGCUUUGUCCUUAAAAUCACAGACUAUGGCUUCAAUGAGCUGCUUGAAUCGCAGAAAGCUCCUCUAGAGGAACCCCUGCCUGAAGAUCUAUUUUGGACCGCUCCAGAGUUCCUACGGGACCUUGCAAUUUCCCGUAAAGGCACAUACAAGGGAGACGUGUACAGUUUUUCCAUCAUUCUUCAAGAGGUGGUGGUGAGAGGGCCACCGUACUGCAUGCUUGGUCUGCCACCUGAAGAGAUCAUCCGUAAGGUGAAGAAGCCUCCUCCAAUGUGCCGUCCAACUGUGGCCCCGGAUCAGGCUCCACUUGAAUGUAUCCAGCUAAUGAAGCAGUGCUGGAGUGAACUGCCUGAUCGCAGGCCAAACUUUGAUGAGAUCUUUGACCGGUUCAAGAUGAUCAACAAGGGGAAGAAGACCAACAUCAUUGACUCCAUGCUGAGGAUGCUGGAGCAGUACAGCUCCAACCUGGAGGAUCUCAUCAGAGAGAGAACAGAGGAGCUGGAGGUGGAAAAGCAGAGAACAGAGAAGCUCCUGUCUGAGAUGCUUCCACCUUCUGUGGCUGAGGCCCUGAAGACCGGUGCCACAGUGGAGCCUGAGUACUUUGACCAAGUCACAAUCUAUUUCAGUGACAUUGUGGGUUUCACUACAAUCUCCUCACUCAGUGAUCCCAUUGAGGUGGUUGACCUUCUCAAUGACCUCUACACACUGUUUGAUGCUGUGCUUAGUAACCACGAUGUCUACAAGGUGGAGACCAUUGGUGAUGCUUACAUGGUAGCAUCAGGUCUGCCCAAGAGAAACGGCAACAAGCAUGCUGCUGAGAUCGCCAACAUGUCACUGAACAUCCUCAGUUCAGUAGGAACCUUCCACAUGCGACACAUGCCAGACGUGCCCGUCAGGAUAAGAAUAGGAAUCCACUCAGGGCCCUGUGUUGCUGGGGUGGUAGGUCUUACCAUGCCUCGGUACUGCCUUUUUGGAGAUACUGUCAACACUGCCUCUCGUAUGGAAUCCACUGGGCUGCCUUAUAGAAUCCAUGUAAAUAUGAGCACUGUGAAGAUCCUCCAUUCUCUUAAUGAGGGUUAUAAAAUAGAUGUCCGAGGCAAGACAGAGUUGAAGGGUAAAGGUAUUGAAGAGACAUACUGGCUUGUUGGGAAAACCAACUUUACAAAGCCUUUGCCAAAACCACCAGAGAUUCGACCAGGGGACAACUGGCAAGAGAUGGUGACAGAAGAGAUCAAGACUCUUUUCCGCAAGGCCAACAGGCAGGUGGAUAAAAAGAUCUGA